AUGCACGUGAAAAACAUAUGUCUUGAAGGAAAAGAAGAAGAGUUGUUUUACAAAGGUAUCACAUAUUUGAUAUUGAAAGGAACUUCCAUAUCUGAAAAAGACUAUUGUUUAAUUAUCCGUAUGUCGAAUUUAUAUAAGCUAGCAACGAAGUUUGCAAAGCACGUGCGGCGGAGUAUUGGAGAGGCAAAAUUACUAUUGCGUGAAAAUCAAAUGAGAACAGCUAGGAAAGUGCAGAAUACUAAGAAAAAAGCGCUCACGAAUAUAAUUCUUAAUAAACACCACAAUUACAAACUUAAGGUUGUCUGGAAAGAUUUUAAGAAAACGUAUGGUUCAGUAACACACACGUACCUCAACGUGUGCAUGAAAAGUCUAUUAAUACCAGAAUAA